AUGCCUGCAGAGUCGAUUGGCCAUUGGGAUAAAGAUGCCUUGUACCGAUCUACAGAGUCGCUGGCUGCAUUGAUCCUGACGCUUCAGAAAAGACCGCUGAUUAGGUACAUGGCAUCCUCGCCAAUGACGUACCAGUUGGCAAGAUCAUUGAGUGAUAUGCUCAAGGAGGAUCCGCAGCUCUUUUCUUUUCCGCGGGUGUGCGACACGGCGCCAAUUUUACUUCUUUUAGAUCGAAGCAUCGACCCGAUAACCCCUCUUUUGAUUCCGUGGUCAUACCAAUCAAUGCUACACGAGUUUUUUAACAUUAAAGACGAUCGGAUUCUGCUAGACGAGCAAGAUGAAGAAAAUCAGCAGCCUGCUUCGACGAACACCGGCCCCAUAGCCCUUUCAUUCCAAGAAUCUCGAGAUCCGUUUUUUUCUGAAAACAGGCUGAAAUAUUAUGGGGAUGUUGGCCUUGCUCUUAAAACGUACAUUCAAGAGUUUUUUGACAUGCGCGGAAAACACUUGAAAAUUGAAUCUCUUUCCGAAAUGAAGCGAUUUACCGAGCAACACGGGCAGUUUUCUGAACGCGAAGCAAAUGUCCAAAAACACGUCAAGCUUUUGGAGAAACUUCACAAUGUCGUUGAUCAUCUUUCUUUGUACGAAAUUUCCGAAUUUGAGCAAAGUUUGGUGUCGGCAACGCUUUCCUCUGCCUCGGGAAAAAAAGGCUUCGGCGGCAUGUAUUUAGGUCUUGAAAACAAUGCUUCUGUAGAUCCUGAGGCCGAAAUCAUCAUUUCUCAACUAAAGUCUCUGCUGUCCAAAAAGCUGAUCCACGACGAUGCAAUGAAGUUUAAAUUGGCCGUGUUGUCGAUCGUGAAGCUGGGAAUCUAUUCAUCGAGAACUUUUUCCGAGAUAAAGCAGCUGUUUCCAGAUCUCACCAACGAACAAAUCGAGUUUCUGGAUUCUCUCAGGCGCAUCUUCUCCAUUCUUGACAUAAAAAUUGAGUGUGACGCAAGUGGCUCCAACUCCUCUGCUAUGAACAUAUUUAAGGACUCCAUAUUUACCCGUGCACGCCAGGCAUUUUCGUCCGGGAUCAAGGAUGACGUGGAGUUGGUCUAUACACGGCACAAGCCGCAGCUUCAGCAAGUGAUCGAACUUCUUAUCAAAGGAAAGUUAUCGGACAAGCAGUUUCCCUUUUUCGACCAACCCGUCAAAGAAAAGCCCAAGGAAGCGAUCAUAUUCCUUAUCAAUGGAGUUACCUUUGAGGAGAUGCGGCUUGUUUCGUUAUACAAUGCCCAAGAACUGGGAUCUUCUCUUUUAAUUGGAGGAACUUGCAUACUAAACUCAUCAAGAUCCACAACCAAGUUAUCAAUACAAAUGCCAACGCCAUCGCGGCUACAAUGGAGAUGUGAUAUGCUAUGCACUGCUUUAUAUAAUGAAACUGGAUGA